CAGCAAUUAAAAGAAAAAACGCCAAAUCCAAAGCGCCGCAGAGUAGCGUCAGGGCAUAGAUGUGCGAAACGAGGUGAAAGGCAAUCCGGAAGCAUUUGAGAGGCCUGUCACCCAAAAGUUUUACUCAAACAUCUCGGCAAAAAAUUGGAUACUUUUCCAAAUAAAUUGGAGUACAAUGAAGGGGAAAAUGCGCCACCUAAAGGUAGCUUACAUGGAUGCAACGAAAUGGAAGGGGCAAACUGGAGCUGGACUAUUGGAAAAGGGUGAGCAAAAAAGCGUUGCAGAGUAUGUGGAAAAAAUAUGUCAAUUUUUUGAUAUAUUGGAGGAGAUUUUCGGACAAAGAAAAGGUGUCAACCCUUCUGUGAUUGUCGAGAGCGAAAAUAUAGAAAUUCUUUUGGAUUACCAAAACGAAUCGCUUAUACUACCAGACUCGGAACUUGACAAGGUUUCAAAUAGUUUUUGCGCAGAAGAAAUCACACCAAAAUGGUCACCUAAUAAUGCUGAGUCAGAAUAUUUGUUUACACCAGAAUCUCCAUCUGAUCGUCUACAGCCAGUGAAUUUUGCUAAUAUGCUCAAGACAACAAGAUAUCGUGUUACACUCCCACAAAUGCGAUCCAUUCCACCUAUUUCCUUCGGCCAACAAGACACCGAAACCGACGAAGUAUUUCAAAUAUAUAGACCUGAAAGGGCUGCUUCGGAAGACCAUUGUAAUUUAUCUGACACGGCUACUACGGAAACCGCUUGUCAAUCGAUCGAUGAGAACACUCCAAAGGCCCAAAGAGAAAGAUCAGCUUCCAAACAGAAAAGCGCAAGCGUAGAAUUGAAGCCACCUCCUAAAAUAGAAGCAAUGGGAGAAUUAAAUGAAAUCCAAAUCAAAGAAUCGAUUGCUUGGCAGCCGCAUGAAAAGGAACUAAACCAAUUUUGGAAUAUGCCGUCCAGCAGUGACAAGCGAGAAAUUCUGCUAGGGGAUGAGUCUCAAGCAAAAUCCCUUUUAGAUUUGUUGCGAGAAGGUGUGUAUGAUGAAGACAAAUCACAAAAUUGUGAAAAUAAAAAUGUAAAUAACUUGAAUCAAAAACUUUUCGACCGACAUAGCAUUAAUUGUCCGAAUGAAAAUAAGGGAUUUGCAUCGCUGCGUCAAAUUUAUACAAAUAAGGAAGUGGCUAGUUUAUGGGACUUGUUUGUAAAAUGUGAUGGGGACAUAGAUUGGACAGUUGAUCUUCUUUUAAGAGAGGAUGAAUUAAUGACCCCGCCGGGUAGUCAAUAUUUUGAGGCAGCACCUGAAAUUGCCGAUGACUUUCAAUGUACUUGUGGCAAGCAACCAAACAUUGCAGACGAUAGUAUAACGACGGCGAUUCCCCCAACACCAACGCCAACUUCGCUUGGAAUAGGCACAAAACCUCAAAGGCAACGAUCGCGAGCCGCGCGCGUAAAUAACCGGACAAAUCCAGAGAUCCAAGAAAUAACUGAGGUUAUAGCGAAUCGCUUUGUUCUUGACGGUAAGCAAUUUUCACCGCAUAUUCGAAAGCUUCGUGAAAUGCGGGAAAAGCUACGAAAUCCCCAAGGAAAGUGCUAUGCCAGUAUCGAAGUUCAGACAGACCCACUAAAUGAGGAGGAACAUGGCGACGAUGAUGCUGACGCCGAAGUCAAUGAAAUAAUAGAAAUCAAUAUCGGCGAGGAGUUAGUAAAACAAUUGAAGUAUAUUUUUCAAUCUGAAAUGACAUCAUUGGUAGAAAAAUUUCCCGAUAAUCCCGUUUUGAACGUAUUCAUGCCUCGAACCUUAGCCAAGGAGCUAUAUAUGCUCUGGAUAGAGUCCGCAUAUAAUCAACUUGAAGAGCAAAGGCAAAGAACUAGUCGCGAGGAUGCAGACUUUGCCCGUCUUCUGAAAAAUCCAAAAUACGAAAAUUAUUCGGAGUCACCCGGAAACAUACAGGAGUUGUUAGAUAUGGAAUAUGCAUGGCAGAUUUACAAAAAUGAUCAAGAAACUGAAAUUCAAAGAGCAACCAAUAUACAACAGCGGUAUCACCCAAGUGACCUCGCCGCUCACCUAACCCAAAUUAAAUUAUGCGAAGACUUUCCAAAAAUUCCGCGUGAAACUCUUGUUGAAAUUUUAACUGCUCAUGACAAUAACUAUGACGAAACUGUUAAAGUUCUCAACAGCACAACGAAAUCGACAGAUCAUCACACAUUUUCAAAUUUGCAUAAAAAAUUGUUGGAUUGUACUUUAGAUGAGCAAGAAAUGAUAAAAGAGGAACAAGAGAAAAGCAACAAAAACAGCGGGUACAUUGAAGCCAGAGAAGAUCGCAUAUCCAAAGGGCCUCUGCAGCCAGAAGAAGCAAAACGAAUGGCGCUGCACGAUUUUGAGGAAAUGCGAAACCUGGCGGCACAUCAUUGUCAACUCAAAGCCGAAUGCUAUCAAAAAGCAAAAGAAGCCAUUCAAAAAGGAAACAGUGCUGUCGCUGUUUAUUAUUCGCAAAUCGCCAACUUACACAAAAUGAAAUUGGAUAUGUACAAUCACCGCGCAGCCAAUUGUAUUAUGGAUGUGCACAAAUAUACACAAAAUAACCCAGAGCUUUUAGACUUACAUUACUUGCAUGUGAUGGAGGCAAUCGGAUGUCUGGAUCUGUUUAUAGAUCGCCAUAUUACCGGACUGCGGGCUGCUUCUCGUAGUUAUAAGCACGUAUUCAUAAUCACUGGUCGUGGUCUACAUAGCACAGGUGGAGUUUCCACUAUUAAAAACAAAGUUAAGACUCGUCUGAAAGAGCGCAACCUUCGGUGGACUGAGGUUAACCCAGGAUUAUUGAAGAUAAAAGUUUUUUCAGCAUCAAGGCACUCCAAAAAUAUAUAAUGUACCUAUUAGACCGUUCGUUAAAAAUAAAAUUUGGUUUGCCGGGCUGAAAAAGAUGUCU